CUUACAAGAUGUUGGGAUACAGUGUGUUUGAAGUUGAGCGCAAACGCUUAUUUCUGUUAGAUCAGGUCGUAGAGGGCCACUAUAGAACGCCUGGGAGUCGAUUGUUGGAGUUGCCAUCAUACAUUUUGGUAAAUAUUGUCGAUCACUUGACGGGCGAACACGAAGCUUUGGUGUCUCUGGUCUUGGCCAAUACGGAUCGUCAGCAGUUGGCGCGUUUUUGUUAGUUCGUUGACAUAUAGUUCAAUUACAACCAUCAAUCAUGUCAACUCAUCUACUU